UUGUCUCGCUCUCUCCAGUUGUUUCACCCUCUCCUGUUGGCUUACCCUUACCUGUUGUCUUACCUUCACCUGUUGCCUCACUCUUAUCUAUUGCCUUACUUCUUCUUAAUAAAGAUGUAAAAGAAAUAUUUGUUGAUCCAGAUUAUGAAUUGGCCACCAAAGAACUUCAGCAAAUACCAGAUAUAUUAUAUAUUUGCAAUCUGAUGCCAAUUGAAGAUUU